UUUCCUUGGUAGAAGAAACAUUUGAACAAAUCCCUGGACAUGAAUCUUUUUAUUUAUGUCCUAUUUUUGUCCAUUUGGACAAACAGUUGUUUAAAUACAAACCAAAGUGAUGGAUCUUCUACUACAGGAGCUAAGCACGUUCAAUCAAUGGAGACUGAAAUGGACAACUUUAGGAGACGUCUACUUGUUAUCAUAAUUGGUAUUAUGAUCAUAGCUUUUGUCUUUACCUGUUUUUGUUUUCUCCAUUACAACUGUAUGAGCGACGAGGCACCCAAAGCAGGAACGCUCAAGAAAGAAGAUGUGACAGCCAAGUCAUCCAGAUCAUCCAAAAUAUCAUUCAGUGAACACAAGAUAGCCAGUCCAUGCAGCCUAGAAAAACAAUCCAUGCUAGCUAGUAGAGACAAGUUUUCUGGGCCCUCAAAUCCAGAAAACUCAUCCAGACCAUCCAGCGCAGAAAAGCUAAUCAGGCCCUCGAGUCCAGGAAAGCAAUGUAUAUCAUCUAGUAAAGAAAAGUUAAACAGCCUAUCAAGUCAAGAAAAGUUACAUAAGCCAUCAAGCCCACAAAAAAUAUUCAGGUCAACCCACCCAGGGAAGUCAUAUAGAACACAUAAUCUAGAAAAGCCACAUAAGCUAGCUCAUGCCUGUAAGCUAGGUGGCCAGGCCUGUUCAUCCUAUCCAAAUAAGGCAAGGAAUCUGAACGUUCUCCAGCAGCACGGGGCAAGCCAACAGGGCGGUGCAAACCGGCUGAGUGUCCUGCCUGUCCCCACUCCUCGCCGAGAGCUCGGCUCCUCCCCGCCGCGUAGCGGGGAGCCCGGCUGCCUCGCGUGCUCGGGGCGGGCCGGCGGACUGCACCGUGGUUCCUCAGCCCGGGUGCGGGACGAAAGCGCGGGGCAGAGCGGCUGCCGCGGACCGAGAAAGGGCUACGAGCGAAGCAGUGCCGCGGACGAGUUAGGGCCGGGGCAGGGGAGUCGUGUGGGGCUGAGGCGAGGCUCGCCUUCUCGGCAGGCUGCUGCGGGAACGGCGGGGCGGCGGUACUCCAGGGGGAGCGGCGGGGCCGCCGCCCCCGGGACGGGCGGGCCGGGGGCGGGCUGUGAGUGGGGCGGGAGCGGGGCGGGGGGGGGCGCGGGCGCCAGGGCGCCAGGGCGCGGGCGGCUGGGGGGCGGGGGAAGCGCGGAGAGCCUAGGAGGGCAGGCGGUGGCGGGGCCGCCCGCCUCGCCGCCCGCUUCACGCCGCCGGCCCACGCCGCAGUGUGUUUUGUGGACGGCACCUUCCCAGACAGCUCAGUAG